CAUGGUCCAGUCUCCAGGCAUCACGUAGAAGUUUCACUUGUGAGUUGCUCUUGCUCAAUGCGUGAUCAAAUAAUAAUUACUGUGCCGGUUAAAAAAUUCUUAUUUUACUCGUAAAAACAGUUACAAUUUUACUUUACCAUAUCCCAUUUGCAGUUUAUAUACAAUAUGUCAAUGUUCUAAUUGUGAUAUUAAAACUCUAAGGUUUUAAUCGGAUGAGUGUUCUUUUUCAAAUUUAAAAAAAUGACAGAAAAUAAUAUUUUGUGCGCAUGCAUGCUUCGGUUGUCUAUUCUCAUCGGCCUUUUAUCAGUUGUGGUUACUAUAAUUUAUUAUACACCUGUACCUGAUCUCGAAGCUUCAAAAGAAAAUUGUGAUAGAAAAUGUCAUGAACUGGAUUGGCCGUUAAUUUGCAGAUUCAAGAUUGUAUUGGAAACUCAAAAACUUCAAAAAAAUUGUCAAAAGUGUUCAGGCAAUCAAACGCAAUGCCUUGAUGACAUGUAUUGUGACAGAUACUCAGAAAAAAUUAUAACAGCUAACAAACAAGUUCCUGGUCCACCAAUAAGAGUUUGUGAAAAUGAUAUAAUGGUUAUAGAUAUUGUUAACCGAAUACCAGGGCACAGUGUUUCGGUACAUUGGAGAGGUCAAUGGCAAAGAGAGACUCCAAUAAUGGAUGGUGCACCUAUGGUAACUCAGUGCCCAAUAUUACCACAUACAACAUUUCAAUAUAAAUUUAGAGCUGCUCAAGCCGGAACACAUUGGUGGCAAAUAUUAUCUGGCGAUGAGUUGUCUGAACGAGUUUUUGGAGCGUUUAUAGUAAAACAGUCGAAACGAAGAGAGCCACAUGCUGCCAUAUAUGAUCAUGAUGAAACUGCAUAUACUUUACUUGUAGAGUACACAAUAUCUCAAAAUAGUAUCGAUGGAAUUCGUAUAAACGGAAAUACAAUGAAUACGUCGAUUGUGGUUAAAAACAACGAGAGAUAUAGAUUCAGAACAAUUAAUACCGGAGGAGCUUCGCAAUGUCCAAUUGAAAUCUAUGUACAGGAACAUCAUUUAACGGUGAUAUCGAUUGAUGGUAAUGCGGUUGAAUCCAAAACAGUAGAUAUUGUUCGAGUAGAACCAGGUGAAACAUUGGAUUUUAUUCUAACAGCGAGUAAAAACCAAGGCAUUUUCGACAUGAUGGUCAUCUCUGAGGGUCAUUGCAAAGAUUUCAAUCUUACACACACAUUAAAUUUACACUACGAUUCAUCAUUAAACGAUAUUAUUUUUGAUAUGAAAAAUUCUAAACAACUGAAAACUGACAGUGUUGAGAAUCGGCACUUGUCCACCACAAGUAUAUUGAGUUUACCGCACGAGUUGUCCACAGAAAAAUUGAAAAAUACUAUAUACUUGGGAUUUUCUUCAAUCAAAUAUCAACUCGGUGAAGGGACAUGGUCGUUGCCGAAUUUCAACAACUUGUCGAUGGUUCUUCCGUCCGCACCGUUACUAUUGCAACAGCCCGAUGACGUAGUUAUGUGUAACACUGAAAAUGUGCCGCACAAAUGUCAGUCUAGUUUAACGUCUUGUGAGUGUACGCACGUCAUUGAUUUACCACUAAACUCUGCCACGGAAUUGGUUAUUUUCGAUACAGAGCACACACUGUUUAAAACAGACCGAUCGCAUUCGUUUCACUUGCACGGGCAUAGUUUGUACAUGGUUGGUGAGAAGCGAAAAGUAUUCAUCAAGUCGGCAGAUCAAGCAAAGAAGUUAGACGAUGAAGCACAAUUGUUGCGCAGGAGACUCGACAUGCCGGUAUUGAAGAAUACUGUUGUUGUAACAGCAGCGGGCGUAUCAGUUGUACGAUUUAUUGCCAACAAUCCCGGGUACUGGUUAUUUAGAAGUGAAAUAACAUCAGAAUGGUCCAGUGGCUUGUCAUUGAUUUUUAGAGUUUCAAACCCCUCUGGAAGUUAUCAAGUACCAGAGGAUUUUCCCAAGUGUGGAAAUUUUAUUGGUCCAGAAUUUUUUUUGGCUUGAUUUUCAAUUGGACUCGUUAGUUUUCAACGACGUUGAAAUGGAUACGCCAUCGUUAGUCGUUAGCGUUCAAAAUAAUUACCUCUAAACGCUUAUCUUUAAUUUUAUGUUAUACUCAUUGAAUUGUUAAAAGUUUUAAAAGCUAUAACAACUGAAAAUUAAUAAUGCUUUUAUAUAACCGUAAAUUUUCCCGGAAUUUACAGUUUAGGGAUUUUAUUUAUUAUGGAUCUUACCGGAAAGCCUAGUGCUUUUAAUAGUUCACUAUUAUGUCAGAGUACGAGUAUAUUUUAUAGAAUUAUGUAAUUAUUUUCAUAAUAAGUUAUGAAAAAUCAUAUUUCGUAUCUUAAAAAUUAUUCAUUUUCUAUCUACUGUGAUUAGAAAAACGAACGACUGUGAUUAGAUAUAAUGUGAUGG